AUGACCGAGUCAAACAGUGUCUAUCCUUACCCACCCAGCCAUGCUGCACCUAUCGUCCUAUCUAUUAUCUUGGCUGCAUCUUUAGUUCUACAUAUCUACCAAGGCUUCAAAUAUCGUCUCAGAGGACUCGCAUACUUCAUGAUAUGGGGCGGCAUAGUCUUCAUCACUGGCUGGAUCCUCCGCACUGUCUCGAGCUACGACACAUCAAACCUCAACCUCUACAUCGCACAAUACGUGUUCAUCUACGCUGGCCCGCCAAUCCUUGGAGCAGCAUUAUAUAGCGUUCUUGGCCGUCUGCUUCGAUAUCUACCUAUGCAUGCACCUCUAAAUCCCGAUCGUGUCAUGGUCCUCUUCAUCUAUCUCGGCGCUACAGUCGAAGGUCUGACGGCUGCGGGAGCAAGUCUAAUAGCCACAUCCAAGAUUGAUGCGGCACAGCGACAGUCCGGGGCCACACUGAUCAGUAUUGCGCUGGUCUUGCAAGCAGUGAUUGAGCUUGUUUUCAUCAUCAUGGUUGCAAUAGUACAUCGACGCUGCGUUAUGGCAAACACUUUGCCUAGAAACAUUCGCCGGCUUUGUAUCAUGUUGUAUGGAACAUCAACUUUAAUCUUCAUACGCUGCAUUUUCCGCGCUAUCGAGUCCUUCGCUACAAUCUCAGCAACCUCGACUUGCAAUGAUAUAUGUCGCACGGUUCUACUGCAUGAAUGGUAUCUUUACGUCUUCGAGGCAUUGCCAAUGGUGUUGUAUACCUGGUGGAUCAAUGCGAUGUACCCUGGCGCCCUGUUGCCCCGAGACCGCAAUGUGUAUCUGGGCCUCGAUGGUUUGACUGAGAGACGCGGUCCUGGUUGGAUUGAUAAGAGGUCUCGAUGGGAAACUUUUGCUGAUCCUUUUGACAUCGGUGGUUUGAUGAAGGGGCGGCAAAAUCAUGAGAAGUUUUGGCUGGAGCCUGAGAAGUGGAUGAAGGUUUAA